AUGGCAACGGAUGGGUAUAUGAAGUAUCAUCAUAACUGUAGAAAGAUCAAACUUACCCAUCUCUCAUUCGCUGAUGAUCUCCUCAUUUUCAUUGAAGGCUCCAUUGAAUCUGUCCAAGCGGUACUACAAACCCUCCAUGAAUUCGAGCUCAGAUCCGGCCUAGCAGUUAGUUAUCAAAAAACAAGUUUCUUUGCAUCAGGCCUAUCGGAAGCAGAAAUGUCAGCUAUUCAAGUCUCAACUGGAAUGAAAUGUGGUACUCUACCUAUGAAGUAUCUUGGUGUGCCGCUUUGUGCUAAGAAGUUUACUCUCGCCAAUUGCGAGCCCAUGAUCCAGCAAGUAAAAGCGUGCUUCUCCUCUUGGUCGGCCAAAGCCUUGUCCUUUGCUGGGAGAUUGCUCUUGAUCAAAACUGUGAUAUCUGGAAUCACAACCUUCUGGUGUUCCUCUUUCAUCCUUCCAAAAGCAUGUAUUAACAAAAUAAAUUCCCUUUGUGGGUUAUUCUUAUGGAAGGGAAAAAUUGAGGGGCAUUACUCCGCAAGAGUAGCUUGGGACGGAGUCACGUUAACUAACGAGCAGGGUGGGUUGGGAGUUAAAAACUUACUUGUUUGGAACCUAGUUUGCUCCCUGAAGUUGGUGUGGCUGCUCUUCUUUCGCCCUUCUUCGGUAUGGGUUUCCUAUUUCAAAGAGAUCAUUUUAAAAGGAAAUAUUAGCAACUUCUGGACAAUCAAAACCAGUUCAUCAUAUUCAUGGUUGGUGAAUAAGCUUAUCAAGACUAGAAACCUCUGUUAUCCUCUGAUCAAACGUCGGCUAGGUAACGGUUUCUCAACGAGCUUCUGGUUUGACAACUGGUCCCCGUAUGGUUGCCUUAACGUGUACCUCAGUGGUGAUGUCUCGCGAUUGGAAAUUCGGAAAACUGCUACUCUGGCCUCUCUAUACUCUGAUGGAAAUUGGUCACUGUCUCCUGCCAGAACAGAAGAGCUUUUGGAAGUUCAGAUUCAUCUCACAACUGUCACCCUAUCUUAA